AGAGUAGCCACAGGGACUGUUACGGUGGUUGGAGUAGCCAUAGGGCCGGUCUGCAGGGCUUGAGUAGCCACAGGGCCUGGCACAGGGGUUGGAGUAGCCGCAGGACCAAAGAGCUUCAAAGGCCACAGGUCAAGGAAGGCCCCAGGAAAGCAGAGGGGCUCAUCCCCUGCCUGGUGCUUCCCACACACCUCUGGGCCCUCAGGCUUGCAGGGCAGCUCCUGGGCUGACCUGGGAGAGGGGCAUUGCCAGCAGGGCCUGGGAUCUCUGUUUCCUGCUGGUGGCUGCAAUCAUGGAUAUCUGGAGCCAUGGGAAGAUGUCAGGCUAUUUCCUCAACCUCUACAGGGUGGAACUCCCACAUUUGUUCAGAACAAUCCAACACUCUGCCAAGGAACUGGACCCAGCAUGUAACCUUGAGGAAAACUUCUGUGGCAGGGAACUCGGAGUGAGAGAGGAGGAAUCCCCAUCUUCAUUUAUCCACCUUCUGAAGACUAAGAUGGAAGUCCGACUGAUGGAAAAGACUCUGGCAGAGAAAGAUGAGGCCUUCAGGCAGAGGAUGAAAGUCAUCGUCGAGCGGUGGAGGGCCCUGCACGCCAAGAGGGCUCAGCUGAAAGACCACGUGCAGAAGUCUGGGAAAAUUAUAAAGGAAAAUGAAGAGGUACGAAUCCUGGCUCUGAAGAUAGACAGCAAAGAGAGAGAGGAGAAUAUGCAAAAGGAGAGUGAGCUUUUGAAAGCUAAGAUGAAAUUGGAAGCCCUCAGAAAAGAGCACCUGAAACUCUGCAAAAAAGUACAGAAGUACUCUGUCUUCAAGAAAUACCUGGAGGAUGUGGUAAAGAUCUCACAGUUUGAGGACAUCGUGGAAGUCGCUUCACGGUACGCGUUGCUGGUGAGGACACACAAGGACCUUCUGCAGUCACAGCAGGGGCACAAGGAACUGACUGAGCAAGACAAGGUGCUCCUGGAACAGUACAGGGCAGAGAAAGAAGCUGAGAUGCUUCAGUACAAAAGCAAGCUGGCACAGCUUAAACUACGUUUUGACCAGGCUCAGACCGACAUCCGCCUCUGGGAGACUUGCUGGACUGACAUCCAGAACAGGACUUCCAAGAAAACCAAGAAGCUUUGGAGCAUCAAACUGGCCAUCCAUGACCUUUUCCAGUCCACCAACAUGCGGCUGAAUGCGGACUGUAAAGUGUCGGUGGAUGACAGCCUCAAACAACUGGACAUGAUAAAGCAGUUUAUCCAGUACCUCAAAGACAUCCAUCUCUGUGGGGGACAAGAAGAAGCACCAGUGAGCAGCUACACUGAUGAAGCCAAAGGGGGCCUGACCUGCCCUGACAACGAAGUUUCAGUAGGUUGGGAAGGGAAAGAGGAGAACCCUACAGAUAUUGUAGACUAAAAUAAACAAACAAACAAACAAACAAA